CCCCUCUUCGCUCCCGCUGCUCACCAUCUUGACAACCUCUGCCGCUUCAGGAUCGGGAGAUGGCGACCGCGGGCGGCUCGGCUCGCCGAGGCAUGGGGACGGCUGCAGCAGGUAGGCGAAGGAGGGCAGGUUCUCCUCCUCGCUGCUCUCGGACCCCGACUCGCCCUCCGCCAUCUCCCCGCUCUCCUCAGGGGCACCCUGAGGGGAAAGCCCGCGCCGCCCGCUGGUUGGCCCGGAGGCGCGCGCACUGCGCGGCGAUUGGUCCGAACGCCGGCCAGGGCGCGCGCCGGGACCAAUCGCCGCCCGGUGCGCGCGCGUGCGCGUGGCCCCACCCACCCAGCGGGCGGAGGCGGGGCGCCAUCAAGAUGGCGGCGCUGGGACGGCUGUUUCUAACCACUCACCAUCCCAGCCUGGCUGCUGUCAGGUGGGCUUCUAAGAAAAGCGGGGGCAGCUCCAAAAACCUCGGUGGCCGCAGCCCGGGGAAACGCUAUGGCUUCAAAAAAGUCGAAGGUGCAUUUGUCCAUGCAGGAAACAUUCUGGCUACGCAGCGCUUGAUCCGCUGGCACCCCGGCGCUCACGUGGGGAUGGGCCGUAACAAGACACUCUAUGCCCUGGAGGAUGGGAUUGUGAGAUACACCAAGGAGGUCUACGUGCCCCCACCCCGCAGCAGCGAGAGCAGGGAUGUGAUCUGCCAGCUGCCCCAAGGAGCAGUCCUUUAUAAAACUUUUAUCAGUGUUGUCCCUACCACAGAGGUAGGAAGCUUCAAACUCGUCACCAUGCUGUGAACCUGCUGUGGCAUAUGGGCACAGAUGGAAAGGACAGACCACUGCAGCUGUGCUGGCACCUGAGGACAAGAGUGGCUCUGAAGAUACCAUUUCAGGACUUGGUGUUGUUCCUGAAGUGCUUGUGAUCUGUGUUCAGGCACUGAGAUCACCGGCUGGUAUUUUUAAGAGUGUUUAAUAAAAGCUGUGGGGCAGCUGAAGAUCUUGGCUGCUCAUGGAAUGUGUUACCAUGGUCA